UUUCACUCCAAACGGUCGCUCGCUGUCAGUCAACGAUGGCCCGCAAACUUCGAGCGGCUGCCCAAGCAGCAGCUCAAUCAAUGAGUAUGAUAUUCCCCUUCCUGCAUUUCCUGGUAAAGAAUUCUUCUUUGGCUGCUUGCCAGGGCGUGCGUGCGUGCGAAAUUGAAUCCGUGAUGAGCGCGAAUAUUAAUUUCCGUUUAGGGAAUGCCGCACCUCCGCUCCCCGAUGCCUCUGACGAAGAAAUGAUCGAAGCACCGCCGUCGCGUGGCUCCUCGCCUGCUAUGCCAGAUCCUGGCGAUGCGUCGGACAAGGAUCCGGAUGUGGAAGGCCCAACAGACCCGGCCCCCGAAGACGAAGAGGCGGCAACACCUGCACAAGAUUCCAACGCGCCAUCCCGGGGCGACACACCAACUCGCACUGGAGGUCGCAUCUCAGCCAUCCCGCGCAAGCGUCGCAUAGGUCGCCCCCCCAAGAACCGUCCCCCAGACUGGGAUGCGCCCGACGACGGUUCCGCCCCCGCGCCGAUUCAUGUGAGCACGCCUGUCAAGAGGAGACGAGGACGACCUGCUGCCAGCGGUGGACGUUGGGCGCGGAAUCGCGGACCGUCUCAUGUUACGCAGGUUCCAAUCGACAAGGAAGGAAACAUGAUGGAUGUCAUCGACGAUGAAGUAGCCCUGCCCGACGACCCGGAGGGUGAGACGAAGGUCGACAAGUGCGGAAAUCUGCUGGGUGGCCGAGAUUACAGAGUUCGCGUCUUCACACUUCUUAACCGUGGCGACCGGAAGUAUAUGUUGUCUACAGAGCCGGCCCGCUGCAUCGGAUUCAGGGACUCAUACCUGUUCUUCCAGAAACACAAGUUCUUGUACAAGAUCAUCAUCGACGAUGACGCGAAGCGCGAUUUGAUCGAAAGAGAAAUCAUCCCACACUCCUACAAAGGUCGAGCUAUCGGCGUGGUCACUGCCAGAUCCGUGUUUCGGGAGUUUGGCGCCAAGAUUAUCGUUGGAGGUAAAAAGGUCGUCGACGAUUAUCAUACCCAGGCUGCGAGAGAACGAGGAGAUGUGGAAGGUGAACUCGCUGUCCCCGAGGACAGACUCCCGGGCCCGGGAGAAUCUUAUAACAAGAACCAGUAUGUCGCAUGGCAUGGAGCCAGUAGCGUCUACCACACUGCCACACCCGCAGCCCCCUUGCCCACGGGUAAGGUGGUGGAUUCAAAGAAGCGCAAGGUCACAGUCACAGGCGACAAUUGGAUGCUUGAGCACGCUCGCGAAGCAAGGUAUGCGUUUUCUUGUUUCUUGAUUUGGCUAAUCAUACGAUGCUGAUUUAUGGAUACAGCAACUUCAACAGCCUUCUCUCCCAGACCCGCCGCAUGAAUCUGGAUGGUCAAUAUGACAUCCACACCAACCUCAUGCAGUACCCAAAGAUCAUG